AUGUAUGCUUCCUGUUUUGAGCUAACUAUUUCAGAUUCCAUUAAAUCGUAUAAUUGUACGACUGGGGAUUUCGUAGAAAUUGUAAAUUUUCCCAAAGGAUCCAAAUUAACAUAUAAAAAUCCUGAUUUUGUAGCUUGUGUACAUGAGUCCGAACUUAUUGUGUAUUGGGUGGACUUCAAUGUUUCUGUAAGGUACCCACUUCCAACUUCAAAGGCGCAUUCAGAAAAAAAGAAAUACACAUGUAUUGCAGCUCAUCCAAACGAUUGUAUCCUUGCUACGGGAAUGCUGUUGGCGAAAUUUUUAUCUGGUGGGAUUUAUGCUCUCAGAUAG